CUCGCAUGUUUGUGCGCGCGGCUAGUCUCUGGCCCGCUUCGCUAUGGGCGGAACAAACACGACAAGAGUCUCCAGCUGAGAGGCGCAUGGACCCGGCCGACGACGAGGGUCCGUGGUGGCUGGUGGCGCUGCUCGCGGGGCUGGCGGCCACCUGCGUGCUGGCGCUGGGCUGUCUGUGCUGCAGGAGGGCCGCCGGCAAGACCUCGUCGCCAGGGUCGCAGUCCGGCGGUAAGGCGACGAAGGCCGUCGACCAGGCGCCGAGCAUGCUCGACUCCGGGCGGGAGUCUGCGCCGGAUCUGCAGGCGUCGCGCGGUCCGCCGGAGGCGCGGAGAACGGCGUCCCAGGACCUGUGCGGCUCCCCGUCGCGGUAUCUGCACAGCUCCGCGUCGGAGGACCUGCGCGAGUCGGCGUCGGAGGACUUGCGCGAACCCGCGUCGAAGGAUCUGCGAGAAUCCGCGCCGAAGGUCCUGCAGAACGUACUGAUCGAACCCGCGUCAAAGGAUCUGCAAGAAUCCGCGCCGAAGGACCUGCGGAACGAACUGCAAGAAUCCGCGCCCAAGGACCUGCACAAAGAAGUGCUCGAACCCACGCCGAAGGACCCGCAGGAAUCCGCGCCGAAGGACCUGCACAAAGAAGUGCUCGAGUCCGCGUCGAAGGAUCUGCAAGAAUCCGCGUCGAAGGUCCUGCAGAACGAACUGCUCGAACCCACGUCAAAGGAUCUGCAAGAAUCCGCGCCGAAGGUCCUGCAGAACGAACUGCAAGAAUCCGCGCCCAAGGACCUGCACAAAGAAGUGCUCGAACCCACGCCGAAGGACCCGCAGGAAUCCGCACCGAAGGACCUGCACAAAGAAGUGCUCGGGUCCGCGUCGAAGGACCUGAAGGAAUCCGCGCCGAAGGACCUGCGCUGCGAACAGCCCGAGACCGCGCAGGAGGACCCGCACGAGUCCGCCGCCGGGGACGUGCAGAAGCCGGCGCGGCAGGACCCGCCGCCGCCGCAGGACUCGGAGGAGCUGCUGCAGCAGGCGUCGGCGGCGACAGAGGGGCGACCCAGCGCGACCCUGCUGGGGGACCACAGCCGCGCCCAGCUCGCGCAGACCCGCGAGGUCGCGAGCACCAGCUCCGUCACGUGCCUCUCUUCCGCCCACUCCAUCGAGGACUUCUGCAGGGACCAGAUGGCGCGCGGCUCGCGGCUGCUGCACGACGGAGACCUGGAGGGCGCCAUGGACCACUUCGCGUGCGCGCUGGGGCUGUACAGCUGCCCCGAGGCGCUGUACCUGCGGCUGCAAGACGUGCUGUCCCAGGAGGGCAUGUGCGACCCCUGCACGCAGACGCAGGCCGCGCUGUCGGUGUACCUCACAUAUUUAGCAGAAACUCUGCUGAAUGACGACCCGGAAACAGCGGAGAACAGCACGGACUGAAGAAAAUUUCGCAGCGCGUUGAUGCAGACAAAAUUCAAUGUGUCCCCAAAAGCAUAUAUAUUUUUUAAACCAAGUGUUCUAUGUACCUCGGAGGUGUUCGGGAAGUUGCAAAAUUGUGUUUAUUUACAUAAAGUACUUUUAAAA